UAUCAGAAGACUUCGUAUAGCUCCAUAUUCAUGUAACCCAGUUUCACUCGCUCGAAAAUGAUGGAUUUUGUCUCGCGUUCGUUACACGCGUAAUUUUUCCCCCCUGUACAGUAGUUUGCACGUGGGUCGCGGGUGAUUUCCGUGAAGAUGCCUUUGCGCGUCAGCGUCACCGACGUAUCGAUCCCACUGUAAAUUUCCAGUUAGUAGCAACCCUCCACCAGUCUGCGUGCGCACCCCACUCGUGUUCAGCGAGAGUCUCAGUCUAAGUUAAGCAAAGUCGGAAGAAGUGCUUUUGGCAGCCAGACAGGAAAACGCUGACCGUGGAUCAUUGACAUUUUUAUUCUCCAAGUUCGUCGUCUUUGUCGUCUUCGAGAGCCAACACAAGAGACACCGGAAGCCCUCCUCACUGAGGGGCUUGCGGUAUCAAAAGGAAAGAGUCAAGAGAAAAGAAAGAGAAAUACAAGAGAAUUGUAUAAUUGUAACAGCGCUCCUAGAACAAGUAGACGUCACCAGGUUCGAGACAGGUCCGUUCUCCUAUCAGUGGAGAAGCAGGCGAGGGUGAACCAGGCGAGGUUGACACAGAGCGCGAGGACAGAGCUCGGACGAUCAGAGAGACCGAGAAACAAAUAAACCACGCGCGAUCAACCAAGCAACAUAAUCCAAUGUAUUACGGUCCCCCCGGUUCCGCCAAGGAAGCCGCCGAGGAAACAUGUCGCUACCACGGGAAUGGAGCUUUCAGGACGCGUGUCGGGCGUCGAGCCUGCUCGCCGACAUCGAUGUCGGUGUCACCGCGGCAGCGUCCCAGGAGAUGGCUGUCACCGUCAUCGACGAGAAUAUGAAUGAUCAGCCGGCGACUCAGCUGGGCUCGCUAUUCUCCAUCCACUCGGCGCCGGUGUUCGACCUGAGCGGCGGCGUCGCCGCCGGGGCGCCAUCGCCGAAACGGCCGGCCUCCCUGGCGGUGCAGGCAACGGCGACGUCGACGCCGAUCGUACCACCGCACCUGCAGAGCCCCGAGGGCACUGUCGUCGAGGACGAGGACAACGACAACCUGCUGACGAUAUCCAGCCUCACUGCCCGGCCGCUCAUCGCUAAAUCCAGGGAGCUCAGGUCUGCCAGGUAUGCGGUACCGAAACGAAAAAAAUCUCGGCAGAAAAGCGAUACUAGGAAACCCCGGAACACCACGUACGUCCCGCUGGACGGCGGUUACGGCUGGGUGGUGGUGUUCGGCGCCUUCUUCGUGCAGUUCUGGGUGACCGGGCUAGUCAAGUCUUACGGCGUGCUCUACGUCGAGGUCAUGGAGACAUUCAAGGAUUCAUCCGCCUCGGUCGCGUCCUGGAUACCGGCGAUUCUGACGUGCCUAUGUCUAGCGCUUGCUCCGGUGACGAGUAUGCUCUGCCAGAAGUACAGUUGUCGAACGGUGGUUUUCGUGGGAGGACUUUUCUGCGCCCUAGGACUUACAACUAGUUACUUUGCCACGCGAUUGAUACACCUCUUUUUUACAUUUGGAGUGCUGACAGGUAUCGGUGGUGGCUUAUCGACGACGCCGGGUAUAAUCUUGGUAUCGCAGUACUUCGACAAGCAUCGCGCCCUAGCAAACGGUAUCUGCGUAUCCGGCACUGCCGCGGGUAGCUUCGUAUUCCCGCUUCUGAUCGAAUUUCUGGUGAGGAACUUUGGCUUUCAUGGCACGAUAUUGCUGUUGGGCGGUUGUAUGCUGCACGUAUGUGUCAGCGCGACCUUGUAUCGACCACUGGACGAAAAUUAUAUUCCUGAGGAAGACAUCUCGGUAGAGAAGGUCGAGAAGGAAUUAAAAGAACAGGAUCAGGAUAAAUCGAAGCAACAAAAGUUGGAACUGCUGUUCGCCAAUGACUCGACUGCUCGACACAACAUGUUGAACGAGCUGUUCCAUCAAAACAGCGUGGUGGCGGUCGAGCUAACUGACAGCGAUGAGGAAAAGGACGUGAUGGGGGAAGGUCUCCGUAUGAAGCCCAUCUCCAAGAUACGCAGUUCCAGCAUUCUGCACAGCGUCGAGGAUUUGUCGACGGAUUCGACAUGCGUGUACAAGGCAGCCAGAUCAUCGCUUAGGUCGUUGAGAUCGUCUGUGACAGCGAUGGCUCCGUCGGAACAGCAACAGCAACAGCCGCCGCCCUCGCCGCCGAGCAGGAUGCCGUCCUUGACGCUGACAGCAUCGACAGAACCCAAGAUCACGUUUAUGCAGAGAUUAACGCGCUAUCUCGAUCUGUCGUUGCUGAAGAACCCGCAGUUCAUCAUGAUGUGCUUUUCCGUUAGCCUGAUGUCCACUGGUAGCCCGUACAUGCUGUACUAUUUGCCAGCAUACGUCCACGCCGCCGGUUACACAAAGUCGGAGGCUGGCUACCUGGUGGCCAUCUCCGCCGUCUUCGAUCUGUGCGGCAGACUCGGCCUCGGCUGGCUCUCGGAUCUCAAGUUGUUCGACCGGCGGAAAGGAUACAUUGGAAGUGUGGUGGGCGCUGGCGUGGCUGUUCUGGCGAUCCCGAUGGCUCAUUCCUUUUACGUAUUGGCGUGUUCUGUCGGCAUGUACGGGUUGUGCCUAGGCUGUUGGUUCCUCCUAGUUCCCGUCCUGCUCGCCGAUCAAUACGGCACCGACAAAAUAUCGUCCAGCUAUGGUCUCGUGAGGAUGUUCCAGAGCUUCGGGGCGAUCUCCAUUCCGCCUCUCGCAGGUUACCUCCGCGAUGUAACUGGUAGCUAUACCGUGUGUUUGUGUAUGGGCACAUGUAUGGUCAUAGGAGGUUUACCUCUGCUCUUGGUUUUUAACGAGAACCAAACAAAUCCAACAAAGCUGCCCGUGAACGCCGAGAAUAAUAAUCGUCAGGGAGACACUACCAUGAAAGGGUAAAUUAUUUUGAAAAAUGUGAUCGUUGACUAUAAAGUAAUUUAAUGUGUAAUAGGAAAAUAAAUAAAUCGUAACAGUUGUCACAAAAAGAAUGUUACGACGCUUAUUGAACUUUUCCAUGAUUGACUCCUUGCCUUCUUUUAUAUUGCGACAGGAUAUUAUAUAGCGUUAUUAGAUAAAUACAAUUGAAUAAAUAGAUUAAAACUCCACACAUUUUAUCAGUCUCAAAUUAUUCUUCAAGCAUUCCUUCCUUCCCACUCUUCCAACAAUACUUUCAAUAUUUCCAUCAAACGUUCCUUCUAAUAAAUGCAAAUAAUAUUCAGUGAAAGUUUUAGAUUUACACAUGCUUCAUGAAUGUGCAAACAAGAUUGUUCAUAAGUUACAUAUGUCUCACGAACAAUAAACAUGCUUGAAA